AUGCUAGUCCGGCUUUCUUGGUUGCUUCAGUUGUUCACGCUCGUCACUUUUGCUCGUGCCUCAUCCGGCUCUUCACAAGCUAGUACUCCCGGUGUCAUCGCCUUCCACCCGGCCUCUUUCCCUAAAAAUACCGCAAGAUGCAAGGCCACAAAUAGGAAGGAAAAUACAACUAAAGACAUUGAAAUAAGAUAUGUAGAAAUAAACCCACAUACUGAGAGGACUAUCAUUAUGGUCCACGGCUGGCCAGGACUCUGGACGAAUUGGGCACAUCAAAUUCGUGAACUCCAGAAUGACUAUCAUAUAAUCGCACCAGAUCAUCGUGGAUUCGGCACAUCUUCGCACCCAGGAGACGUUGAGUCGUCUGGAACGAUGGCCGAUCUUGUCGGUGACCUUGUAUGUGUACUCGAGGACGCGAAUGUGGAUAGUGCGAUCUGUCUAGGACAUGACUGGGGUGCACAAGUAUGCUGGGAAGCUGCGAGAAUGCGUCCAGAGGUCAUCGAAGCCGUCGCAGCGGCAGUCGUUCCCUAUAUCCAUGCUGCUGGCCCAUUUACACCAACCUCUGCACUCGUCGAACAACUCCCUCGUCUAGCAUAUCAACUUUACUUCCAAGAUAAAACAGAUGCAGCUGUAAAAGAGCUGGACAAGGAUGUUCGGAGGACACUCAGAGCUGUAUAUCGAAGCGUCGACAGCCCUCCCCCUGAGAAGUUCUUGACAUCUACCGAUUAUUUCUUGGAAGAUUAUGGUGAUGAGAUUGAGCCAAUACCGUUCAUGACGGAUGAAGAAGAGGACUACCUCGUUCAACAGUAUUCGAUUCAAGGAUUCAAGAACACUCUGCAAUUUUACACAUAUGGUAAUCGCUACGCUGCAUGGAAAUUCGCACACUUCCAAAGGAACUAUACCUUACCUCAACCAGCUCUUGCCAUCUAUCCCACUCUUGACCCCGUAGCAGACUGGAAAACUGUCGAGAAACUCUUACAUUCUGAUCAGUUCAUUCCAAAGUUAGCAGUAGAGACGUUACCCGCAGCACAUUGGGUACAACUUGAGAAACCCGUCGAGUUUAAUGCGAUUUUACGAAAGUGGCUUUCUACGCUGCCUCCCCGUCCCCCUCGCGAGAAGAAGUGGAGGGGAGAGGGGAAGCACCUCAGUGACGAGCUUUGA